AGGGACAUAGCAGUUUGGUCAAUAUUGUCUUAACAUGCUUCAAAUAAAUCAGAGAUAAUCACUGCUAACAUUUUGGGGUAUAUACUUCCAAAUUUUUUUUACUAUGCAGCUUCUCUCCAAGAUAAAAUGGCAAAUCCCAUAGAGAAAACUCCAAUGUGUCUGGUAAAUGAGUUAGCCCGUUUCCAUAGAGUCCAACCUCAGUAUAAACUUCUGAAUGAAAGAGGGCCUGCUCACUCAAAGAUGUUCUCAGUGCAGCUGAGUCUUGGUGAGCAGACAUGGGAAUCCGAAGGGAGCAGUAUAAAGAAGGCCCAACAGGCGGUUGCUAAUAAAGCUCUGACAGAGUCUACACUUCCCAAACCAGUUCAGAAACCACCCAAAAGCAAUGUUAGUAAUAACCCAGGCAGUAUAACUCCAACUGUGGAAUUGAAUGGCCUUGCUAUGAAAAGGGGAGAGCCUGCCAUCUACAGGCCGUUAGAUCCAAAGCCAUUCCCAAAUUAUAGAGCUAAUUACAACUUUCGGGGCAUGUACAAUCAGAGGUAUCAUUGCCCAAUGCCUAAGAUCUUUUAUGUCCAGCUGACUGUAGGAAAGAAUGAGUUUUUUGGGGAAGGCAAGACUCGACAAGCGGCUAGACACAAUGCUGCACUGAAAGCCCUGCAAGCCCUGCAGAACGAGCCUGUUCCCGACAAGUCUCCUCAGAAUGGAGAAUCUGGAAAAGAGAUGGAUGAUGACAAGGAUGCAAAUAAAUCCGAGAUCAGCUUAGUCUUCGAAAUUGCUCUGAAGAGGAACAUGCCCGUCAGUUUUGAGGUUAUUAAAGAAAGCGGACCACCUCACAUGAAAAGCUUUGUCACUCGGGUGUCAGUAGGAGAGUUCUCUGCGGAAGGAGAGGGAAAUAGCAAGAAACUCUCCAAGAAGCGUGCUGCAACCACGGUCUUACAGGAGCUCAAAAAACUCCCGCCUCUUCCUGUGGUUGAGAAGCCAAAAUUAUUUUUUAAAAAACGUCCUAAAACCAUAGUAAAGGCUGGACCAGAAUAUGGUCAAGGAAUGAACCCCAUUAGUCGCCUGGCUCAAAUUCAGCAGGCCAAAAAGGAGAAGGAACCAGAUUAUGUUUUGCUUUCAGAAAGAGGAAUGCCCCGUCGCCGAGAAUUUGUGAUGCAGGUCAAGGUAGGCAAUGAAGUCGCUACUGGAACAGGACCUAAUAAAAAGAUAGCCAAAAAAAAUGCAGCAGAGGCAAUGCUGUUGCAACUUGGUUAUAAAGCAUCUACUAGUCUUCAAGAUCAACUUGACAAGACAGGGGAAAAUAAAGGAUGGAGUAGUCCUAAGCCUGGGUUUCCUGAACCAACAAAUAACACUCCCAAAGGAAUUCUUCAUUUGUCUCCUGAUGUUUAUCAAGAGAUGGAAGCCAGCCGCCACAAAGUCAUCUCUGGCACUACUCUAGGCUAUUUGUCCCCCAAAGAUAUGAACCAACCUUCAAGCUCUUUCUUCAGUCUGUCUCCCAUGUCGAAUAGUUCCACUACAAUUGCAAGGGAACUCCUUAUGAAUGGAACAUCUCCUACAGCUGAAGCCAUAGGUUUAAAAGGAAGUCCUCCUACUCCCCCUUGUUCUCCAGUACAACCUUCAAAACAGCUGGAAUAUUUAGCAAGGAUUCAAGGCUUUCAGAAAAAGAAAAACCAUCCUUUAUGGAUAGAGCAGAACUUUUCAAAGAAUUGUUAACUCUAGGAAAGGGAAAAUGCGUGUGUCCAGAUUUCUUAGUUGCCUUGAAAAUCAUGUCCGGAACUGUAAUUGCGCUGCCCUGGCUGACUGAAGAGCAGCGUGCUCGGGUGUGGCGCGUACCGCUCCUCAGAUUUCACUGUCUUCGUCCUCCCCAAGUAGUCUUACUCCUUCAGACCAAAAACUGUAAUUCCUGUAGAGACGCUCUAGCCCUGCAUCGUGUAGAAUGAUCAUUCAUGUAUUUAUAUAAAUGUUACACGUUUCGAUUAUAAAAUGGGAAGGAGGAUCAUGUGAUCUGGGGGUGCUCUGCAUGUUUUUCUGUUCCCUUUAUAGAAACCUUAUAAUUCUUUCAACUCUAUUGUCCGGUAGUAAUUAGUAUUCUUAAUUGGACUAUUAACAUAAAAUUAAAGACACUGUUAACAAUUAUUCACUCUGUCGUCUGACAUUUUAAACACUCGAUUUAAAGUUACAAUUUUAGAAUUUGUUUUUGUUGUUUACCUAAAGAAUUAUAAUACAUCACUGUUUACAAAAGACACUUUGAUUCAUGUGGUUGAAGAACUGGGAAAAAAUGCUAAAUACUUUUUAGUUCUAUCUACAGUCUACAUAAGAUGAACUAGAAAUAAACUAUGCUGAAAAGACAGUCACUGCUUAUUUAUACGUCUAGUCAUUUAGACAUGUCUGAAAGUAACACCGCAUUUUUGUAGAAACAAAGCACAAAUUGCAUUCAAACUCCGGAUUAAUUCUUGCUUGGAGAUGCUAUUAAUGGUAGAUGUAAUUUUGCUGCCGGAUGAACUACUUAUUUUGUUUCACUUGUUAGUUCUUGGCAGCGACACCCAUUAUAAUUUAAAGUAUCUUGACUUCAACCAGAGUGUGGAGUCUGCUUCCCUCGGUACCGGGCUGAUUGCUUAGACAAUUUUUUAGCUUAUGCUGAGAUAAUAUUCUCUUAUAUUUAUGGACAAAUUAAACAUUUCCAUGUUUGUGUACUGUGAUUUUUUCCAUACUAAUGAAUAUAAAUAAUGGUUGGAAAACAUGACUGUGCUGCUGUGGUCAAAUGAGCUUAGUAUUGAUGGGAGCUACGGUGUCGCUUACGGCGUCGCUUACGGCGUCGCUUACGGCUUGCAGCCUGCAGCCUGCAGCCGGGUAGUGAACAGAAUCCUUGUGGGAAGUGGCUCGUGUUCUGUCAGGCACAGGCUCAGUGUCGUCACAGUAGAAGGUUUUUUGUGGCUAAGAGGUUUAAAGUCUAUUUCUUUAUAGGACUCUCAGAUGCAUUUACCUGAGAGAAGAACAUGUAGAUUGUAUCCAUUUCUUAAAUGUUUUAAUGGGACUAUAGUUUAGAAAUUAUAGGACCAGUGUGCUAUGGAUUACAUGCUGUUAUUUUUAUUUCUGGAAUUGCAACCAAUAAAUUCUUUUGUGUUUCUAGGUUAGUGCUUUUCUUGUUUUGUUAUUGUAUUCCCCGAACAGAUAGUAUUGCUUAUUGACUGUUUUGUAAACCCUUCGUUGGACUUCAUGCCCAUUGAAAUUUGAUUAAAGCCGACCAGCGCCAUUGUAUGUGACAACUUUAUUGUAUUACAAAGUAAAAAUAUAUGGUUUCAUUGAAAA